AUGGCUGCUCUCACUCUCUCCUCCACUGUUCGACUCUCGACUGGCUAUACCAUGCCGCUCCUCGGCUUUGGUGUUUAUCAGAACUAUGAUGCACGGCCAAGCUGUUUAGACGCUUUCAAGGCCGGUUACAGACAUAUAGACUCGGCUCAGAUGUACCGAAACGAAGCUGCUGUUGGUGCGGCCGUGAGGGAAAGUGGGAUCCCACGCGAGGAUUUGUUCCUAACUACGAAGUGCGCUUCUAAAAGCCAUGGUUAUGAAAGCACCGUCAAGGGUGUGGACACAUCUUUAGCGGCUUUUGGCUUCGAGUACAUCGACCUCUUCCUGAUUCACGAUCCUCUCUCUGGAACUGAACGACGCUUGCAAACCUACAAAGCCCUCCUGGAGGCGAAGGCAGCGGGCAAAAUUCGGACUGUGGGUGUGUCGAACUACAAUGUCCACCACCUGGAAGAGAUAAAUAACGCCGGUUUUGAAGCACCCACCGUCAACCAGAUUGAGCUUCAUCCUUUCUGCCAACAAAAGCCGAUUGUCGAAUAUUGUCAGAAGAACGGGAUCAUAAUUCAAGCUUACUGUCCUAUUGUCCGCGGGCAAAUGGACCACGAAGCCAUUACUAAACUCGCGACCAAGUUCAAUCGUGAUCCCGCGCACAUUCUACUCCGCUGGUCAUUACAGAAGGGAUUUGUCCCUCUUCCUAAGAGUCAGACACCGUCCCGUAUUGCCUCCAACGCCAAUCUUUAUGAUUUCGAACUCGACGAGAGUGAUAUGGCUGCUCUCGAUGCGCUUGAUCGCGGGAAAGAGGGCGGUAUUAGCUGGAACCCAGUCGACGCGCCUUAA